AUGGAGCUGGAGUUUCAGGCACUACAGAGCAACGAUAGAUGGCGCUUGGUUCCUCCUGUGUCUGGUGUCAACAUCAUUGACUCCAAGUGGAUGUUUAAGGGUGGUCUCAGCUUCAGCUUUAUGUUCAGAAUGCUUUUCUCCAUGGGGUCUUGGAGGAAGAGGCUCCUCGUGCAUGGCAUGCUCGACUUGGCUAGCUCAUCAGUGACUGUCGCUGAUCGUUUGCUGUCUGCUCUGAGUGGUCAUUUUGCCGUCAAGGAUCUGGGUGCUCUCCAUUACUUCAUUGGUCUGGAGGUUUCACGGUCUUCUGCUGGCCUGACUCUCACUCAACAUAAGUAUUCCUUGACUUGCUGCAACAUGCUGACUCAUGGUUUAUGUGGCCGCUCGCUGGUGAGCCCGGGCAGCUGCCCCGGGUCGCCGGGGCUUGUAAGCAAUGACAUCCGUUAUAUUUGGAACCAUGGCCCCAAGUUUGGUGGGGGAUUUGAUUGUCGGUACUGCCCCCUAAUCACUAGAGGAGGAGGUGCAACCUGCUUUAGGGAGCACCUUGGAGGUAUACUAGGUGAAGUGAGGGAGUGCCCCAAUGUUCCAAGAAAUGUGCGUGCUGCAAUAAGGGACUCCCGGGAUGACGCAAGGCGGAAGAAGAGGGAAAAGAAAAAUCGUAAACUCCGCUUGGAACGGGAUAUCAUGGAAGGGUUGUACCAUGGAGAAGGGGUGAUAAAUAUUGAAGAAGAUGAUGAUGAACAGAUUCAGGCCGCACUUCGGGAGUCCCUAAGAGACAAGAAUGUCUCUCGUGCAGUUGAGAGGAGGAGAGGGAGUGGGAGUGGUGUUCGUGUGUCGCUUGGGAAACAAAGUAUCACAACAUACUUUGACAAGGAAUUAUCAAGCAACAAAGUAUCAAUGCAACCAAAGAUCAGCAGUGCUUUGAUUGUUGAGUCAGAAGAUGUACUUGGCCAAGCCUGGGCAAUGUUCUUUCAUGCUAAUUACAUUGCUGGUCUGAAAGCAAAUUGUCCCUAUUUUCGUGCGGCAGUCAAGAUAUCUCAAAACCUUGGCCCAGCUCCUGUUCCAACUGCUAAGGAGAUUGAUGGGAUUUAUUUGGACAAAAAUUAUGAAGAAGCUGAAUAGUGGCUGAAGAUGUUCUAGCAAGACUAGAGGAACUAUGGCGUAACUGUGAUGUGUGACUCAUGGACAAGGCCUACUGGUAUGUGUCUCAUCAAUUUCAUGGUGUAUUGCAAUGCACGGAUGUUCUUUCAUAAAUCCAUUGAUGCUUUCGGUGAAACUCAGAAUGCAGGUUAG